GGGGAUUGACUUGUGGAUUGACUUGAUUUAAAAGAUGGAAAUACAAGUUUCUCAUUGAAAAUGAAAACACUUUCCCUUCAUCCGUAGUCAGUCAAAUGCGGUGUUUUAAUUAUUUCGUUUGAUUCUAGUUGUACUUUUUAAAUAGUUUUUUUUUUCAGUUUUAUUAAGUUUGAGUGUUAUUUUUUAAUUAUUAAAGAUGUGCCCAAUAUCAGGAUUUUUUCAAUCCCUUAUAGUAAUAGUUACUCUUCUCUUGGUAUGCCAUGCCGUUCUAGUGAAAAGUAUGAUGAACAUAUCUUUUAAACCCAGUGAUGUUACUGUCUAUAUGUAUGAUACUAUCACAGUUGAAUAUAACGCAACAUCAGAAGUAGGUGAUACAACAGAAUGUCUCCUUUAUAGCGAAGAUACUCACAUAGCAUAUAUGGAAAAAGAAUAUUGGAUAAGAAAUUUGGAAAGUGGAUCCUUCAAUAUAACGGGAAAUUUCUUAGGUCAGACAGUGAUAUCUUGUAAAGAUCCAACGACAAAUAUCAAAGUAACAAAUGAUAAUGUAGCAGUAAAAUGUCUCAGGAAACAACGACUGGUCGAUCGCAUAUUUACUGCAUCUACAGCUACUUUAGUGGCAAUUAUUUAUAUAAACUUUGGUUGUGUGGUACAAUGGACUGAAGUGAGGCAGUUAAUCAAAACGCCCAUUGGACCAGGCAUAGGCAUUUUUGGUCAAUUUGUCACUAUGCCAUUGAUUACUUAUGGUCUUGGUUUACUUUUGUUCCCAGAUAAUCCGGAGAUGCGUUUAGGAAUGUUUUUUACAGGAGUGUCUCCUGCAGGUGGGGCAUCAAAUAUAUGGACCGCCAUACUAGAAGGAAAUAUUGAACUUUCAAUUCUAAUGACGACAAUAAGUACUAUUGCUGCCUUUGGCUUUAUGCCUAUGUGGCUCUUUACAUUAGGAAAAACUAUUUUUAGGGAUGCGGAUUUAGAGAUGCCAUAUGCUCACAUUACAAGUUUUGUAUUUGCUCUAUUAGUACCCUUGGGUAUUGGAUAUUUAAUAAACAGGUACUUAAAAAAGACUGGAGCCUUCAUGGGUAGAAUUCUAAAGGGAUUUUCAUCGCUUUUGAUUCUUUUCAUUAUUAUUUUCGCCAUUGUCACCAACUUAUAUCUAUUUGAACUGUUCUCAUGGAGGAUCGUCGUCGCUGGAAUGGGCGUGCCUUGGUUAGGUUAUUUUUUAGGAUACAUAUUAGCUAAAAUUUUUAAGCAACCUCAGGAAAAUGCUUUGGCUAUAGCUAUAGAGACUGGUAUUCAAAAUACUGGCAUAGCUAUUUAUUUAUUAAGAUUUACCCUUGAACCGCUUCAUGCAGAUCUAACAACUGUGAUUCCAGUAGCAGUGGCAAUAAUGACACCGUUUCCAUUAACUGCUAUUUACAUAUACCAAAAAAUAAGACAGAGGUGGUGGCCAUAUAAAAAAUCUGAUGAAGUCGAUUUAUGUAAAAGAGAAAGCACCAGUAGCAAGAACUAUCGGCAUAGUCACGCCAGACAAGACAGUGCAGUAGCCUGUCUUAGUUAAACAGUUUUAUAUAGAUACUACAUAUGUAAAUAUAAGGUUAAAUGUUCUGUUUUAUAUAUGAAUAAUUAUUUGAUUAGAAGUGAGCAGAUACUCUGAGUUGUUUAUUGUUGGUAAUUAUUGAAAAUGUUAUAUUGAUCUGUAUUUUUGCUACUAUAGCGACAGUUCCUGAACUAAGAAUUUUGUUUUGUUUAUGUUAAUUUAUUUUAUUUUGGUUAAAAAAAGAUAAGUAUAAAACAAAAUGGUAUUAUAUUUUUUACUGUAUACCCACAGUCCAUAUUAUAUUGUAAUAUAUAUGGAGAGAAAAUAAUAUAUGUAUUUAUACAAGGAAAUAAAAGGUAUUUUAAAA